ACGUACUUGAGAAGACUCAAUGAUUUUGUAGCUCGUUAAUAUUUACAUUAUUGAUUUAUAUUUAUACUGCCCAUUGUGUAAACAUACGGUGUUAUCAAAAAGAUUGUUACAGAUCUCGAAAUACAGAAUAUUGUUAAUACAAAAUGUAAUAACGUCGCAAGAGGUGGGGGCGGGUUCACGGCUGUGACGCAGCGCUGUGUGUUCAUACGAGCAUGCGGAGAGAAUAGGCGGAGACACACAGGGAAGGACUUGAGCAAACACCUCUGCCCUUCUUUUAUUGUAACACGCUGGAUAUAUCUUAGAUAUUUACUCUCAUGUGGUAGCAAAGAACUCGCUGGCGGAAUCGCCAGCCCCACGAAUUGGGCAGAUGUGACUUUUGAUGUGGUGUUUUUCCUGCGGUCGAUGGCGCAGAUGAAGAGGAUGCGUGAAACAACGCAGCCCAGCCCUAUUUUCUUUAAAGCGAUUGAAAGGAACUGCAUUUUUUCGGAUGAUGGCCUUGUUUUGACCUUGCUGUGGAUCGAUGAAGUGAGUAAAAGCAGCACCAUGUUACCAAGAUGAUUGAUCACUGUGCUCAAUGAGAACAAGGAGGAGAGCGCAGCUGCGUUACGAUGGCUGAGGAGAAUAACCUGAAGACAGCCCGAUUAUGGAGGGAUGCUGCUCUGCGCUCCAGGAAGCUGCGGAGCAAUCUACGACAGCUGACUCUCAGCACCAAAAACAGCCAGAAAAUCACAUUACCAGAUGAUAUCAAAGAGAUCGAGGUGCUCAAUCUGGGCAACAACUCCCUGCAGGAGCUCCCGGAUGGGCUGGGCUCGACCCUGACAAAGCUUCGCAUUCUUAUUCUCCGGAGGAACAAGUUUGUCACCGUUCCCUCUGCGUUAUUCCAACUCAGUCAGUUAGUUGAGUUAGACAUCAGUCACAACUGCCUGGGUCACUUUUCUGAAGACAUCGAUCUUUUAAAGUCUCUUAGAAAGUUGUGCAUUAGUCAUAACAAAAUCCAAUACCUGCCAUCUCAGAUUGGGACUUUGCAGUGUCUGGAGGAGCUUGACGUCAGCUUCAAUGACUUACGUGAUUUCCCUAGGUCCAUGUCGAAGCUCAGAAAGCUCAGAACGCUCGAUGUGGAUCACAACAAGCUGCAGCGUUUUCCAUCCGAAAUCCUCGCCCUCAGUGACUUGGAGGAGGUGGACUGCUCUGGGAAUAAACUCGAGGGUCUUCCGGGGAAUAUCAUGAUGCUUCAAUCCAUCAAAAUCAUGUGGCUUAGCAGCACCCAUCUUGGCUCCCUCCCAGAAACGUUUUGCGAGCUACAAAGUUUGGAGAGCCUGAUGCUCGAUAAUAAUGUUCUCACGAAACUCCCGCAGUCAUUUGGAAAAUUGCAAAAGUUAAAAAUGCUCAAUCUGUCGUCAAACACCUUCGAAGAUUUUCCUCAGGUUAUUAUCAAAAUCGCUAGUUUGGAGGAGUUGUAUUUAAGCCGGAACAAACUGACGUUCCUCCCUGAGGAGGUGGGACAGCUGUGUAAUCUUGCUAAUUUAUGGUUGGAUAACAAUAGAAUAACCUUUCUCCCGGACUCUAUUGUAGAGCUGGGGAAACUUGAGGAGUUGGUUUUACAGGGUAACCAGAUUGCCAUACUCCCAGACAAUUUUGGAAAACUUGCCAAAGUGAACAUAUGGAAGGUGAAAGAUAAUCCUCUCAUUCAGCCUCCCUAUGAAGUGUGCAUGAAAGGAAUCCCCUACAUAGCCGCCUAUCAAAAGGAGCUUGCACACUCUCAAACUGCAGUAAAACCCAGACUUAAACUUGUUUUGAUGGGCCACGGCAAUGCAGGGAAAACCGUGCUCAGGCAGUGCAUUAUCAGCAAACCGUCAGAUGCCAAGAUGGCGAUCGGAGGUAGAGGUGUCGAUGUUACAAACUGGGUAGCAGAUGCUGAUCGGAGCCUCACGUUUAUCGUUUACGAUCUGUCCGGUAAACAAAACUACGAUCUUAUUAAACCAUUUUUCCUCUCUCCUGGAGCUCUCUAUGUGCUGGUUGUGAAUCUGAAAUCAUAUACAUCAAAGAGCUUUUAUUCGCAUGUUGGGUAUUUUUUGCACCUGCUCGCUGCCAAGGUGCCACAUGCGGUCGUGUGCAUCGUGGGAACCCACGCCGACGUGUGUGAAGAGUUCCAGAUUGAAGAGAAGUGCCUGGAUAUUCACAGACAAAUUUCAAUCCAGGAAAAGUUGGACACCGAGUGCUUACACGUGCUUGCCAUGCAGGUCGACGAAGCCCUCGAGCAGGGCUACGACGUUCGCACGUCCAACCCCCAUGUGCUCUUUUACGGGGUCUCGGAUAAAAACCUUAGACGUAAAAAGUCCCAGUUGCAAUAUAUGCUUAACAAUCGAUUACAAAUCUUGUCUCCGGUGAUUUGCGUCAGCUGUGUGGCGGCACAGAGGAACAUUCAGCACUUGAAAGACAAACUCAUGUCCGUCGCUGAUCACAGGGAGAUUUUUCCCAACCUUCACAGGGUGCUGCCCAAAUCCUGGCAGAUGCUCGAGGAGCUGCAUUUUAAGCCGCAGGAUCUAUGGCUUUCCUGGUGGGAUUCGGCCCGGUUGGGUUUGCAGGCGGGGCUGACAGAAGACCGCCUGCAAAGUGCUCUGUCUUACCUGCACGAGAGCGGUAAACUGUUGUACUUUGAAGACAGCUUGACACUUAAGGAAUAUGUCUUCCACAAUCUGCCACGGUUUAUCGCCAUCUUGAAUGUCUUUUUCCAAAGAGACCUCGCUUCGAUGCUCAAGAAACUAGAGACGGAUGAAGAUAAUGGAGAUCCACACAAGGCUACGCAGAUGCACAGACACAUAGAGGGGUUUUUAUUGCAUGGCGUGUUGCCGUCACACAUCAUCCGCUUGCUGCUUAAACCCCUGGUACAGACCCAGCAGGACCUGCACUUAAUCAUGGAACUUCUGGAAAAAAUGGGCGUGUGCUACUGUGUCAACAAACCUCGUGGUACGCCAUUUAAUGGUGCAACCGUCUUGUAUAAGUUCCCCAGUCAGGUCAGCAAUGAGCAGCCCCAUACCGAGACCUCGGUCGGUGGGGGUUCCAUCCCUGGUCAGGUCUUCUCAGUUGAGAAUCUGCAGAUCGAAUACAGGUUUCCUUUUCUCACCCCUCUUGGACUUUUUGCACGGUUUAGCGUGCAAAUAAACAGCCACGUGGUGCAGCGAUCUGACGGGAAGCAUCACAUAUUUGCUUACCGGGGUAAAGUGCCUGUGACGGUGAGUUACUGGCCCUCCCGGAGCAGACUGCAAGGCGAGACCCUCUCCAUUUCAAGCCAUGCAUCUUUGCCAAAUAUCUGGACAGCUUGGCAAGCCAUUAUGCCCCUGGUGGAAGAGUUAAAUGCUCUUCUGCAGGAAUGGCCUGGCCUUCACUACUCCGUGCAUGUCAUGUGUUCCAAGUGCCUGAAGAGAGGAUCCCCAAACCCACAUUCCUUCCCAGGUGAGCUGUUAAGCCAGCCUCGACCUGAGGGAUUGACGGAGAUCAUCUGCCCCAAGAACGGUUUGGAGCGGGUCAACGUGGCGCUAGUAUACCCUCCCACCCCAUCUGUGGUUAGCCCCAGUCACAAAUGACACACUUUUCCUGCAGAUGGCAACGAUUGACCUCCACAAACUGAUGCACCUCUUUCCCCUGUCAUAUUAACACGUUUACAUACACAAGAACAUGUGUGUGUUUACGCAUGCACUUUUACACACUACAUGCUUGGCAUUUUACUGUUGCCUCUUCUGCCCACCUCUGAGGGGGAUGAUGGACCACCGUACACCUGAGAAGUUUAGAGAAAGUUCAUAAUAGAUGCUUGUUACAGAUAGACGAUGACAUCAGCAUUCUUUUACAUGGUUAUCAGCUCUGACUGCCAACACAUGAUGAACUGACAGUAUUAGAAACUGUUGCACCUACAUUUCGUUUCGAUCUGUGUAAACCUGUUGGUCCACUGGAUGUUCAUCUGAAAAGCUUUUUAUCAACUCUGAGCCCAUCUUAAUAUAAACUCUACUCUGUUCAAUUCAAUCUGCUGCAAGUUUUUGGAAAUCCCUAUUUGUGCCCAGAAGCAUCUACUGGACUGAAACUUUAUCCGUACUUCUGUGGGAGGAUCUUCUGUCAUGCGGAUGGAUCUGCUGUCAUGCGGGUGGAUAACACUGCAUUCUUCUCGGACUUGUGAAGACUGGUUAGAGAGGAUUGAUAUUGGACUUGUGGUUUAAAUGAUCUACUACAAAUGCAUGCCUUUAAAAUGCAGGAAGGAUUAUGAAAUAUGUAAAAUGCACUAAAGGUAUAGUUGUAUCCAACAGGCAAGAAAAUAAAUGUCUUGUUGGGCUUAAAUCUUUGAAAGUCCGUAGCUUUGGGUGGAAAGAGGAGAUAUUUAAAAUGAUUACAUGCAACCAAAGACAUCAACAUAUUUCCUACUUUUCAUUCUUUCUUUCUUUCACGCAUAGCUUAGACUCUAAGCCUUAGAUUCUAUAGCAUGACACAGAUUUGACAUUUGGAUACAGAUAUUUGCCAUCAGAAAAGUUUUCAUUGUUUUGUUCAUUUGAGAUUGUAAUAUAUAUGAGAUGCGGUUUUGGACACACAUGACCGGGAACACUGAUGUACAGUCAUGGAUGCACCAGUACAAUAUAAUACAGUAUGACCACUCACCCUUCACACUUGAGGAAAUUUGUGUAAGUAUAUCUAAACUAUAUCAUUAGUUGGCUAGUGAAAUUCACUGAGCGUGCUCUUUAAGGCAGUGUCUGAAGCAUUUUGUACAUAUCUAUUCAAAUGAAAAAGUGCACAUUACCAAGAACUAAGAAGCAACAUUUUUUUUUUAGAGUUGAUUCGUACUUAAAAUUGUUGUGUAUCAUUUCAAUGUUUCUCUUUUGGAGAGGAGAGAUUCUGCAAUACAUGUGAUGUUUUGCAAACAGUUGAUGAACUUUUGUACAUAAAAUUGUAUUUUUAUAAGCUGAUGAGCUGUCACUGAUAUCUCACUUUAUGUACUGUGCAUUGUGCAUGGCUACUGUGUUCAAUGUAAAAGCCACAACUGAUUUCUAAGUUAUAAAGCAUUGUAGACCACAAAUGCACCAAAUAUAAAGGCUGGUUUCCAAA